AUGCUUCCAGGUGGUCUAAAUAUUCAUACUAUUGGGAAAAUAUUCUCCAUGUCCAGGGCAAUCACAGUUUUCAACAAUGAUUUUGGAUCUUAUAUCAGUCUCUUCGAAGAUGGUUUUCGGCCAUUUGCACGUGCUAUCAAAUACACCGUUGGAGAGGAACUCUAUCGAAAGACAUUUGACAGUCCAGUUGCAGCAUGUGUGAACGUCCAUAAACCAGCAACGCAGAUAAUAGAUCAGGAACUAGUUCACGUAGGUACGUCAUCAUUCUCAGUUCGUUGCAACUGGAAAGGCACACCGGGGACAGUCAACGAUGAGACACCCAAUGUUGCAUCGUGCGAUAUUAUGUACGCAGUUGUGGAUUCAAAAUCAGGAAAAUUAGCCCCGUUACCUGCCUGGUAUAUAAACAGAUAUAAAGAGUUGACGAAAAUGCCAAGAGGUGACUUUUCUCUGAAAAUGCAUAAACCAAUGGAUUGCUUUAAACACAACAGCAGAGUUGUUCCUAGUGAUUUGGACAUCAACAACCAUGUGAAUCAAAACAGAUACUCCAGUUUCUGCCUUGACGCAGCUUGUGUGGCAAGCUCGAGAGGAAUCUAUCAAGGUUUUGACAAGGAAUUCCUUAAACACCAAGUUAAAAGAUGCCUUUUGCUUUUCACUGGAGGAAGUAGAUUGGACGACGUACUUACAGUUAAUACAUGGCAAAAUGAAGCUGAUAAAAAGCUCAUUCAGUUUGAAAUUGAGAAUGGUGAAAGAAUUGUGUUGAAUUGCUCGAUGUGGUUUUAAUAUAUAUACCACAAAUUUACGUACUAUACAUAAGAUUCCUUACUUUACUAUUUUUCCAAAGGUAGAAUAUAUUGAUCAAAGACUAUUAAAAGAUAAAUGAUAAGAUUUGAACUGCUAUUAAUUGACAAUUAUAAAAAGUGAUUCCUAUAUUGAUAUAUAGUUAGUUAGUUAGUAAAAUAUUUAUUAAGGUCUCACACUGUUCAAGAACAAUACUAAAAUAUAUCCCAAAAUUAACAGCCCCGCCGGAUUCGGCGUAUGAGAGACUCAAGAAAGCUAUAGUAAAAACAUAUAAAUAUACUCAGAUGUAAAAAUAAAUAUUCAAAUAUCAUA